AUGGAGCAAUGGCAGGCGUACAGCGACCCUGCCGGCGCCGGCGGCCAGCGACGGUACAAUGGAAACACUGCUGCGAUGGCUGCGUCCUCUAGUCAGAUGUCGCCGCGAGACUUUGGCAUCGGCGGCCAGAACCCAGCGCAACAGCCCCCAGUCGGCUUCAAAUACGACAGUUACCAGGGCAGCCUGAAACCGCACCAGACUUCGUCGGCGGCAGCAUCGCCCCUUGCUAGCCCCCAUUUACGCGACGGCAAUGGCGACGUCGCAAUGCACGAUCCCCACGACUCGUACGCCGGCCUGAACAACAGCGCCAAGUACCCGAUGAGACCCCAUCAUCAACACCACCUGUCAAGCGGCCGAGCGGCCAGCCUCCAACAAGAGCCAUCUGCCGCCGCACAGCGAUACUCGCCAAUGGAGGUGAUGACUCCCACAUCACCCUACAGCUCCAAGCCCGGCAGCGCAGGCCAGUAUUCACAGCAGCCCAACCAACGCCAAUCGCCCACACGUUCCUCCGAUUACGCCUCGCAACAGAGCGCGUACUUCGACAACCGCCAGGGGCCGCCACAACUACCGCCCAUCAACCCGUUUGGUUCCGGCCAGGAGACAUACUCGCCGUCGUCCUUGACGCCCAUGGACGGCGCUUACAUGGACCCUAAGUCACCCAAGCGUGUCCCGCUGCAGUCGGCCAUGCAGGACAAAGGACCGGUCCCCGAGUUCAAGAGGAUCCGCGCUGCGGCAGACCUCAAGCCCAAAGUCAAUGACCAGCCGCCAUUUCGGCGGGCUAAUCCUGAAGGUGGUUUCAUCAGCCCCCUCCAAGCGCUCACCGUGCAUCUCCCUGCCACCUACCGAAUCUGCAACCCGGGCUUUAAGUACGAGUCGUCGCGCAACCCUCGCCGUGUGUUGACCAAGCCCAGCAAGGGGGUGAAGAACGACGGCUACGACAACGAAGAUAGUGACUACAUUCUCUACGUCAACGACAUUCUGGGCUCUGAGGAGGCCGGACACAAGAACCGAUACCUAAUUCUGGAUGUCCUCGGCCAGGGCACCUUCGGCCAGGUGGUGAAAUGCCAGAACAUGAAGACUCAGGAGGUGGUUGCGGUCAAGGUGAUCAAGAAUCGCACAGCAUAUUUCAAUCAAAGUAUGAUGGAGGUGUCUGUGCUGGAUCUUCUUAACACUAAACUGGACAAGAACGACGACCACCAUCUCCUGCGACUCAAGGACACAUUUAUCCACAGACAGCACCUAUGUUUGGUGUUUGAGUUGCUCAGCGUGAACCUUUAUGAGCUGAUCAAGCAAAACCAGUUCCGGGGUCUGAGCACCACCCUGGUCCGCGUUUUUGCUCAGCAGCUUCUCAAUGGGUUGGCGCUGUUGAACAAGGCCAGGCUGAUCCACUGUGAUUUGAAGCCUGAAAACAUCCUGCUCAAGAACCUCGAGAGCCCGAUCAUCAAGAUUAUUGAUUUUGGAUCCGCAUGCGACGAACGGCAGACCGUUUAUACCUAUAUUCAAUCGAGGUUCUACCGGUCACCUGAAGUCCUACUCGGCCUGCCUUACUCUUCCGCUAUAGAUAUGUGGUCGCUGGGGUGCAUCGUGGUCGAGCUGUUCCUCGGUCUUCCCCUGUUCCCGGGAUCGUCCGAAUACAACCAGGUAUCGAGGAUUGUCGAGAUGCUCGGCAACCCCCCAAAUUGGAUGAUUGAGAUGGGCAAGCAAGCCGGCGAAUUCUUUGAGAAGAGGCAGGACGAGUUCGGGAGGCGCACGUACCACCUGAAGAGUAUGGAGCAGUACUCACGGGAGCGUGGCGUCAAAGAACAGCCCAGCAAGAAGUAUUUUCAAGCGAAUACUUUGCCGGAGAUCAUCAAGUCCUACCCGAUGCCGCGGAAGAAUAUGAAGCAGUCAGAAAUCGAUAGGGAGAUGAAUAACCGCAUCGCCUUCAUCGACUUCGUCAGAGGCCUGCUCACUAUCAAUCCACUCGAGAGGUGGUCGCCGCAGCAGGCCAAGCUGCAUCCCUUCAUCACACAGCAGAAGUACACCGGACCGUUUGUGCCGCCGAUGAACCUCAAGUCGAGCGCCCUCAACCGGUCACCAGCUCCGGGCACACAACAACAAAUACAGGCCGAGGCGCUGAGCAAACAAAGGGCACAAGCGGCCCAGGCCCAAGCCCAGGCCCAGGCUAACACAGCAGCCCAAGCGGUAUACUCGCCAAUGGUUGCCGGACAGUACCAACAACAAGGCCAUGCACAACAGCCGCCGCUCUACGGGAACAACAACAUGUACAAUCCCAACAGCGCACAUCCAGGAGCGCCGCCCCCCUACAGCGGCCAGCAGGGCGGAUAUGGUCAGAUGGGCAUGUCGCAAGCGCCGGUGCAGAUGCCGCCGGCCAACUACGCCCAAUCCAACAUGUACGCCCAACAACAGGGCCGGACAAGGCAGCGGGCGUCUACCAUGGAGCAGCAGCAGAGCGGCAUCCCGGCCGCAAUCCAGAGGGUGGCCAGCCACCUCGACCCCAACCAGCCCAUCCGGCUCCAACCCAGCCCCGCGUACUACCCGCCACCUCCAGAGGGUCUGGCGGGCAUGGACCACGGCCAGACGACGAGCCGGCAGCCGAGGAGGGGGAGCCGGGCGCAGCAGACGGGACGAGGGGGGAAUAACCGCGACUUCAUUCGGAACCUGGAGGAGCGGACGCUGGAGGAGGGGUUCAUGGGCAGCGGCCAGAGCCCGUGGCAUUAA